CUAUAGAACGCUGAACCCGGAAGAAGCUGUGCUGUGAGCCUCACGGUUGUAUGCACCGCAUGGCUAAGGAAGUAGUGAAACAUUGAUCAUGGGAAACUGGCACUGCAGCUAGCAGCAAAGAAAGAAAAGUCAGGGACUAAAUGCGUGGAAGCUUAGGUGAAACAACGUUUGAGACUGUGGCAGGGGUGCCAGCUUGAGAAGGGGUUGGGUGAACUGGGUUCUAUACAAGAUCAUGAAUAUUAAUAAGCAAAGAAGGUAAAACUAAUAAUAAGAAAAGGCUGAUGCAGGCUGAAAUGGUGUUUGCCGGGAAGUGUCUGACCUCUGUCUCUUUCAGUUUGUUCAAGAGGAGACACCAUAGUGUUGUCAGAGAUACUAUAUUUGCCCUAUCUUCUGGUCAUGGGAAAUGUGGUGUGUCCGUGAUCCGGACAAGUGGACCUGCUAGUGGUGAUGCUUUGCGGCUUCUUACAGGUUGGAAGCAGCUGCCUUCACCCAGAAGAGUCACUCUAACAUCUCUUUUGUGCCCUGCAACUGGAGAGCUCUUGGACAGAGGACUGGUAGUAUGGUUUGCAGGCCCCAAAAGUUUCACUGGAGAGGAUUGCUGUGAAUACCAUGUCCAUGGGGGUCCAGCUGUGGUCAUGGGAGUGUUGCAGGCACUUGGUAGCGUACAAAUGUUGCGUCCUGCAGAACCAGGGGAGUUUACAAAACGAGCCUUCCAGAAUGGAAAGCUAGAUCUGACAGAAGCAGAGGGUCUAGGAGACCUUAUACAUGCAGAGACUGAGAUCCAGAGGCGGCAGGCACUACGCCAGAUGUCUGGGGAUCUUGGACAGCUGUAUCAGAAGUGGAGCCGCAGGCUAGUUACGGCUCUGGCCCAUAUAGAAGCAUUCAUAGAUUUCAGUGAGGAUGACAAUGUUGAAGAGAAUGUCUUGACUACAGUUGAUACAGAGGUAAGGAAGCUUCGGGAGGAGUUGGAGGAGCAUCUUAGAGACAGCCGGCGAGGGGAGAGACUUAGAGAUGGACUUCAUUUGGUUUUAGCUGGAGCCACCAAUGCUGGAAAAAGCAGCCUGCUUAAUGUGACUAGUCAAAAACCUGCAGCCAUUGUCUCCCCCAUCCCUGGCACUACUCGUGAUGUGGUGGAAACAGUACUGAAUAUUGGGGGGUACCCUGUUAUCAUGAGCGAUACUGCAGGCCUCCGUGAGUCUGAAGACCCAAUUGAAAAGGAAGGUGUAAGAAGAGCAAAAGAGCGGCUAGAUAAUGCUGAUAUCAUUAUAACAGUAGUAGAUGCAAGCAAAGUUCUUCUCAACAGGAUCUCCAUACUGACACAUCUGAAGAACCUCCUGAGUUCUCCAUCAUCAGAGGGCAACCACAGGGAGGUUUUGCUGGUUCUAAACAAGUCAGACCUGCUACACCCAGAGGGCCUUGACAAAGUGCAAGAGCUGUGUGAGGACCCUGAGCUUCCCACAACAUGUUUUCUAUCUUGUCAAACCAGCCAAGGAGUGGGUGACUUCAUUAAUAUUCUCACGCAAAAGCUGGAAAAAAUUUGCGGUGAUCCUCUGCAUGGAGCUCCUAGCCUAACCCAGACACGUCACCGUCUGCAUCUCAAUAAGUGUUUGAGUGCCCUUGAACGGUACACUACAUACCGGGAACAAGAUUUGGUGUUAGCUGCUGAAGAGCUACGUAUCAGCCACAGGGAACUAGGUGCCAUUACAGGAAAGGUGGGAGUGGAGGAGAUCCUGGAUAUUAUAUUUCGAGAUUUCUGUAUUGGAAAGUGACUACUUCUUGUGUCAAGUCCUUAACCUGCAUUAAACUCGCUUAUUUGCAA